UUUUGUUUGAUUUUUAUUUCAUUCAAAGAACCUCGUUUAUUAUCAAAAGUUGUGAUUAAACUUUAUUUCAUCAAAGAUAACAAUGGCUCCUAGCCGUAAAAAGUCGGGAACACCCAAAACACAGCCUGCUCGGGCCAGGAAAGACGCCAAAAAACCAGCAACGCCCAAAGCUAAGCCGGAUCAGCAUGAAUCGAAGAGCGACGCUGGUUCCAAUAAAAAUGGCUCAGUUAUAUUCAUCGAACAUUGCACUUCCUGAUCCGUGUUCAAGCGCAAGGCUGCUCAGCUUCACAAGGAAUUGAGUGAACUUGCGCCGGAACAAUCGUUCGGUUUGAAGCUGAACGAGGGAGGGAAACCACGUCGCGGAGCGUUCGAAAUUUCCGUUGCCAAAUCCCAGGAUGCCAAACCUGUGCAGAUUUGGUCUGGGCUGCCGAAGGGACCCCCAAGGAAGGAAAAAUUUCCGGAAGCCGACCAAAUUCUGCAGGACGUUUUGGCGGCUUUGAAGUAGAUCUUAAGAAUCAACAAUGUCGGUUAACUAUAGAUUCGAAAUUCUUGAUUGUCCAGUUUACAUGAUUGGCGUAUGAAAAUGCUUAGGUAAACCUGAGCAGGACCUAAGUGUUGGAAGUUUUCAAUAGUAGACUGUGGACCAUCAGGGCGUUUCGGAUCUAGUGUUACCACAUUUUUGUCGGUCGGUACAAAUGACUCGAUGUUUCCAUUAACGAACCAAUAAACACUACGUUACCUUUUUCUCAAUA